UAGCAGCUAUUAGAGAAGCUUACGAUGAGCUCUAUAAUUAAAUGUGAAACACCUGCCUCUCUUUUGGUGGGCUGUCGUCUGAACGCGCGCAUGAGAAGUACAGGUAUAUGGCACAUGGCGGAGAUUGUUGGGAUCAAGAAGUUAGGCGAAAGUCGGCAGCAGUUCUAUGUGCACUACGAUGAUUGCAAUAAGCGCCUUGAUGAGUGGCUAAACGAUGACGAUCUGGAUCUGAGCAAAGUUCAAUUCGCUUGUCGUGCAGGCCAUCAAAUCGGAGCUUUCGCUGGCGUCGCAUCUUCAAAGCGCCAAUCGUCGCUUAUCGGCAAAAAGUCCCAGCUUAAGUUGACACAACAACAACAACAACAGAAACCAGAGACAGAAACAACUAUAUCCAAAGGAUGGGGCAGAGGACGAAAGCACGUAAAAGGUGGAGAGAAAAUUCUAAGCCCAGCAGCUCCCGGCAAGGAGAAUACAAAUCAAGCUGAGAAUAGUAAGAUACCAAAGGCACGUCAACUGAAGCAUCCAAAUAAUAGCGUGGCACGCAUGAAGAAUGUGAAAAUGAUUGAGUUAGGGCGACAUCGCAUUACACCCUGGUACUUUUCACCAUAUCCCGAGGAGCUCUGUCCAGUGGACUGCAUCUAUUUAUGCGAAUUCUGCUUAAAGUAUUGCAAAAGUAGUUUGUGCCUGGGGCGUCAUUUGACCAAAUGCACUUUAAAGCAUCCACCUGGCAACGAGAUCUAUCGGAAAGAUGCGAUAUCAUUCUUCGAGAUCGAUGGUCGCCAGAACAAGGUGUACGCCCAGAACUUAUGCUUAUUGGCCAAGUUGUUUCUGGACCAUAAGAUGGUCGACUUUGACACAGAUCCGUUCCUCUUCUACGUGAUGACAGAGUUUGACCUGCGUGGAUUUCAUAUUGUCGGCUACUUUUCCAAGGAGAAGAUCAGCGUCGAGGACUACAAUCUUGCGUGUCUAUUAACAUUGCCGCCGUAUCAGCGCAAGGGCUACGGAAGACUGAUCAUCGAGUUUAGCUACGAACUGUCCAAGUAUGAGGGCAAAACUGGAACACCAGAGAAACCGCUAUCCGAUUUGGGUUUGCUGUCUUAUCGAUCCUUUUGGGCUCAGGCCAUUCUCGAGCAGCUCAUCAAUCAGAAUCAAUCAGCAGUCGAGGGCGUGCGACCGUCUACAACAAUCAAUGAUAUUUGCGAGCAGACUGCUAUUAAAAAAGAUGAUGUAAUCUACACCCUGAAACGGCUUAAUCUCGUUACCUACUGCAGGGGUCAGCACAUAGUCUGCAUCAAUCAAAAUGCCAUUGAGCAACAUCGAACUGCAAUGGAAAAGUGUAAAAUACGCGUUGAUCCCGCAUGCUUGCAGUGGAGCCCCAAAGACUGGAACAAGCGAAUGAAUCGCCUGUUCGAACGGUAGAGCUCCGAU